AUGUGUUCCAGUCUGCAAGGAGCGAUGGAGGAACUCAUCAAGGUGUUCCACCGCUACUCGGCAAAGGAAGGUGACAAGUACAAGCUGAACAAAAAGGAGCUGAAGAUCCUGUUGCAGGAGGAGCUCUCCGAUUUCCUGGCAUGCUCCAACGACCCCCGCGUGGUGGAGAAGAUCAUGGGCGACCUGGACGAGAACCGGGACGGUGAAGUGGACUUCCAGGAGUUCGUGGUCCUGGUCGUAGCGCUGACCGUGGCCUGCAACGAAUACUUCGUGGAUUCUCACAAGGGGAGGAACAAGGGGGACUCCAGUUAA